UGUAUGUUAUAGCUACAUACUUUCUGUAUGACUAUAUAUUUCAAAAAUCAAUAAAAGAAAAACAAAACCUCAUAUAUUAUGUAAGCCACAAAUUAAACCUGGCCUGUGCAGGAUCAUAAUAAUGAUACCAAUAUGACUUUCAUUCAAACUGUGAGAGUUAACAAAUUUCUUCAGUGGAUGCUUUUGACAACUCAAUAUUAUCUUUUUCUUUUUUUAAUAUAUUCCAAGUACAAAAAGGACAAACCUCUAAAUAAAUGGAUAAAUUCCUAAAGUUUGGUACAUCUUUUAUUUCUCUUCCCAAGAUCAUAGGAACAAUGAUGUGAACAUUACACCAAAAUUGACCAGCGGUAAGGCAAUCAGUGUCAUAGACUUCUGAGAUUUAGCCUUUUCCUUUUACAUGUGUGUCAGUUCUUUUCUAAGUGAGAUGUUGCAAUCCUGCUUUCUCAGUAUAACUCUGGUACUGGGGUAGAUGGAUGCCCAGGUAGCGAUUCCUGAGUGGGCAUAAACAGCAGCUUUGGGUUAUCAUCUAUGAUCAGCAAGGGGAAAGUUGUGUGCCUGAGUGUUUUCAGCGUCCCCAUUCCUUAUGAGUCAAAUUUCAAUUGCAUUUGUUUCUUAUAAACAUGUUUCAUCUUAUCAUCUUCAGUCUACUCUGACACAGGUGGCCACGGUAAGGCCAGAAGAUUUCACAAUCUGUCCAGACGACUUGCACAAAGUGUUGUCGGAGGUUCAGGAGAUGAGGGAACAACAGAACAGCAUGGACAUCAAGCUGGAAAGUAUGAAAAGGGAAAACAAAGCCCUCUGGAAAGAAGUGGCCUUCCUCCGCCAGAAGCACAACCAGCAGCAGCAGCUUUUGUCAAAGAUCCUUGAAUUUAUACUGGGUUUAAUGAGAGGAAACUGCAUUUUGGGGGUCAAGAGAAAAAGGUCUUUGGCCGAUGCUUCAGACCCUUCGCCUUCAAAAUUCAGUCGCCAGUACGUGCGCAUUCCCGUGGAAGACUGUGAAACUACAGCCCUUUCGGAGCAUGGCCCAGACUGUCAAGACUCCAUUAUCAUUUGUGACAUCACAGAUGCUCAAGAGGAAGAGGAGGAGGAAGAUGAUGCUGCCCCAGAGAAGUUUUUGGCGCUCGUGCACUCCAAUCAUGAAAAUUGGAAGGCUCCUGUGCCCAACAGAGAAGGAAUACCCACUUGUAGAUCACUAGAGACCUCUGAGCCAGAAGUUCCCCAAGGUGACCAUUUGGUUCAGCUCUCGGAUGGCUCCCUCCAGUCCAGUGCUGUGGAGUUGCACACUCCACAAGUCAGCGCUAAUGAAGAAGCUGCAGCAGUGAUCGAUUCCAUCAUUAACGAAAACCAAACAACGGCCUCAAGUGACUCUUUCCUUGACAGAGAAGAGAUCCAAGACUUCUUGAAUUGUAUUGAUGCGAGUCUUGAGGAGCUUCAGGCAAUGCUGUCUGGGGAAAAAACCAGCCAUGCUUCGGAAACACUUACUGAUACUUUCAGUCCGGAGCUUCCUGUGUUGGAUUCAAGCAUACCAGAAGCUCCUCUCAGAUUGGAAAAGACAGAAGACUUGCCAGAAAAUUUAGACACAGAUGGGAUAAUGGAUGAGGAAACCUCAGGGAAGAAUGACAUGCAGCUGAUUCAGUAUCGGGGAAACCCUUUGCUUUCACUAUUUGAAGAACCACCUUCCAGUGAGGAAGAUGGCUGCCUGGGGAACGCCGGAGGGGAUCUGCUGGGUUCCAUGGAGAGCAACAAAGCAGCGCAGCAAGUCGCCAGCCCAGGAAGCCAAACGGCUGGAGCUGCUCCGCUGGAGCCCCUGGAUCAGCCCCUUCUCUCAGAAGACAUGAAUGGCGAAUAUAAACUCUUUCCUCUUCUGCUUCUCAGCCCAGUUGCAAAUUUCAUAGAGGAGGCCUCAGAAAUAGAAACAAGUUGAACUGCUGAUCGCAUCUUUUCUGUGGAAAAAGAUUCAAGAACCACUGCAGGUUGCAGUUCUGCUUCUCUUACUUUCCAUGGCUGAAUUUCCUCCACAAACAAUGGAAAGCUAUUUUUACUGCAAGAAUGUAGUGUUAGGAAGGCAGCUGCAAGGCUGAAGUUCCAAAUUGCACUGAUUUUUUUUUUUUAAAUUUCAAAUCUGCUUUUGAACUAUUUUAUACACAAAUAUGCUAUAAAUAAGAUUAAUGUUUAUAUCUUAGUGUAAGAUUUGCAUAGGGGUUUCAGGUUGUUUGAUCCCAUGAUAGUCAGUACUAUCAUAAUACACUUAUUUUUCUUCCUGAACUGUUGUGUUGGAAAUAACAAGUAUGUUAGAAUUAUGUUGAGUUUUUUUGUAACUGUAAUCUUUCUUUGCUCCAAACUUUUGCCUCAGUCCUCACUGCUCUUGUCUUCUCUUGUCUUCAUCUAUGUCACCUUUUGUGCAUUAUUUACCUUUAAGUUCUCCCUCUAAUUAUUAUUGUAAGUAACUUCUGUUUCCUAUGGCAAACAAUAUAUUUUAACAUUUAUUUUAAAAUAAUGGUAGUAUGUGUACCUGCUGCAUAUUUAGAUAUUUUGCAAAAAGCUUGUUUCUGAUGCACAUUGCAUGUCAAACCUCCUGUUCCUAGGAUGACUUUCCCAACAGUAAAUAAUGGGAUUAUCCAAGAAGAAGUAUCAUCAAAGCCACCUUUGCUCUUUUAAGUCAACAUUUUCUUCAUAGGCCUGAACACUGAGGGUGUGGAUAACCGGUUCUGUCUAGGUACCUCCGGCAGGUGCACUUCUGAGGCUUGGGACCCGAUGCUCAUGAAGUUUGUUGGUUCCAGCGAUUUUCACCCAACCUGCAGAUUCCCCUUUGCCCCUUGUCUUCAAAAGCAGAAUUAUGAAGCCAUUUGGCAUGUUGAGACCUAUAGAAAGAUAAGAUACUUUCUGAACGGGCAGGACAUCUCCUGAACGUCUUUGGCCCUUUGCCCAUAAACCAAAUAUGGUGGCCAAAUCCAAGAGUCAUCCCAGAAAGUGCCAUGAGUGCCAGCCCUUUAAUUCCACGUCAUCCAUGGGCAGAACCAAUGGGGAUUGGAGCCGUUUCCACCUUAGCUCUCCUGUAAAUGGUGUAAUGGUAGUAUCACAUACUUGCCUUCAAAUGAAGGCUUCCUUUUAAAAAUAACUUGUUUGUCUGAAAAAUUGACUUAGGCUUUUGCCUCUUGAUUGCAUGGAUACGGAUAAUCCUCAAUUUAUGAUUGGUUGCUUAGAUUGAAGUUAUGACUGACCACCCCAAAAGGUUCUUUUUAAUAUAUUUGAAUAUUAAUAUUUUGUCGUGUCCCACUCCUCCGCCGACGACCGGGUCCAGGAAGUCCGUAUCAAGCAUGGCAACGAAGCCUCUGCAGCUUUGCCAAAUUCCUUCCAGGUUUCUUGGGGCAGGCAGGAGUCCAAGUUGUGACUUCAGCAAACUAGAUGUGUCUUUGCUUGACUCA